AACAAGGAUUAAAUUGAUGGAAAAAACUGAAAACCUAUUUUUUUAUCACAUGCCUGUGAUUGUUAAAGUCUAUUGAAUGAAUUUAAUUUUGUAACAUGUAAUUAUGUAUUACCACGACGGGUGACAGGAAUAAUAACUAAUAGGAGGUGUGUAAAUCAAAUUAUGUACUUUAGAAAUUAUGGGUAAAUACUAAAUGAGGCUACUUUGGUAAUUAGAAGCACUAACGAAAAUAAAAGGACUAAAAGCAGUUAUAAUCAAUUACCUUCUAUUGUCUUCUCUGUUUCCGAGAAUUCCUGACAUAAAAAUGUUUCAACUUCAAAGUAAAAUGAAGUUUUUUAAGCAAAUUCAUUGCUUAAUUAUAACAAGAGCAUUUAGUGUUAAUACUCCCAAUUUUACAAAACGUUGGGUAGCACCGACCUUGCGUGAGUUACGUCAUAGACGCAACAAAUUUAAAAGUGAUGUAUUUACAGCAAGAAACACAUUUCUGGAAUGGAAUUACAAUGCUGAAAUAUUUGCGUUUGGGAAAAGGUUAAAUGAGGAUUUCAAUAUGAAACAUUUGCAGGUAGCAUUUAUCGACAUAUCGUAUACAAAUCAAGAACAACAUCGUCAAACAACUUUAGAAUUUGAUCCUCCUCUAAACAUGCAAAACAACAGAGAACUUGUUGAAAUAGGAGAAAAGUGCAUAUCUGAUUACGUUCAAUCAUACCUUCAAUUUUCUUUACCUAAAUGUCCCCAAGAAGGAAUUAUAAAGAUUUUUAAAUGGUUAACUAGUGAAGAAAUGUUGUCCAAUAUAUCGUUAAAUAUUGGUACAAAAGAUUUAACUUUGUGUGCAGAAAAUUGUCCAUCGCAAAAAGUUUUGAGAGACGUGUUCGUAGCUGUAAUUGGGGCGUUAAGUAAAUCAGCAGAUGAUAGAAAAGUUUAUAAUUUCGUUAGAGAUUUUAUAUGCACGCAACUAAAUCAAAAAGACUUAAGUGAAAUAAUGAAUUUCGAUAACGCUUUUGAGGAACUAAAGACCGUUUGCAAAAAAAGGGAAAUUGGAGAGCCUACGCCAAGAUUAUUGGCUCAAAAUGCUGCAAAAACGGUGCUAGCCACAAAUUAUGUCGGCGUUUAUGGAAAUCAAAAGUUAUUAGGAAAAGGAUUUGGAGAAUCAAUUAAUAUUGCCAUCGAGGCAGCUUCUAUUGAUGCUCUCUGCAAAAUAUAUGGCAUACAGUAUAACCGAAAAACAUUCAGUUUUGAUCUGCAAUCAUAACAUUGGUCAGACCUCACAAAAAACAAAAAAUUUUUGAUUAAAAUUUGAAUAAGCAUAUUAUCUAGUUUUUUUUUAAAUUUAACAAUAAAAUAUUUAAAUAUCAAAAGUUA